AUGGCCUCUGCUACAGUGGAUCUUUUGAUCGGCAAAAUAGUCUCCGUCCUUGAGAAUGAAGCAUCGUUGAUUGGGGGAGUUGAUGCUGAACUCAAAAACCUCAAGAAUGAGUUAGGAUGGAUGAGUUCCUUUCUACAAGAUUUUUAUAAAAAGGACGGUCUCACAGAAGUAGAGAAUUCUUGGGUAGAAGAAGUGAGAGGCAUGUCCUACAGGGUUGAAAACAUUAUAGAUGAGUUCAUGUAUCACAUGAACAAGCAAAAAAGUGGGGGUAAAUUUAGAAGGCUUUUCUACAAGACUGUUGGCGUUCCAAACAAUCUAUUGGUGAGGCACCUAAUAGCCACAGAGUUGCAGGACAUCAAGAGAAUGAUCAAGGACAUUCCAGAAAGAAAACAACAUGAGGAUCUAGUCGGUAUUGAAGCUAAUAGAGAGAAAUUAGUUGGAUGGUUGACGGAUGGUGAACCACAACGCACUGUUAUUUCAGUAGUGGGUAUGGGUGGUUUAGGCAAGUCCACCCUUGUUGCCAACGCCUACAACCAUGGAAAUGUCAAGCGUCAUUUUCAUUGCUUUGCUUGGAUCACCGUGUCUCAAACUUACGACGCUGAGGACUUGCUAAGGCAUAUGAUUGAGGAGUUCUACCGCGCAUCAAAUGAAGCAAUUCCAAUGGACACAAGCACCAUAAGGUAUGUAAUUGUUCUGGAUGAUGUAUUGAGCAGCGACCUUUGGAAGGACAUAAAAUGUUCACUUCCAGAUGAAGGACUUGAAAGUCGUGUCUUGCUUACAACUCGGAAAGAAGAUAUAGCUUCGUCUUCUUUUGAAGUUAAAAGUCAUAUCCUCAAUCUUAAACCACUGGAAAAUCCUGAUGCGUGGGACCUCUUUUGCAUGAAAGCGUUUCCAGGCCAUACCAAUCAGCGUUGUCCUCAAGAACUCGAGAACUUAUCUUGUGACCUUGCUGCAAAAUGUGAAGGUUUACCCUAG